GUAUGUACAAAUCGAGUAUCCUCCAAGGCUUCUGGACACUAUCAAGCAGUGUGUCAUGCUGUUGUGGCAGAGGUUGAAGAGUUAACAACAUUUUUAGAAGUACUAUCAAAAGGAACAAAGAAUAUCAGAACAUUUUCUAUUGACACAGACACAGAGGGAGAAAAGGAAUUAGAAGACAUUAAACCAAGAGAAUGGAUAAAUGGAGACAUUCCACCACGAGUAAGGAAAGAAGCACAUGAUGUUAUUUUGGACUUUAUUCGCUCUAGACCGCCACUUAGACCGGCGAAGGAUCGGGUAUUAAAUUCUACACCACCAAAGAUGCGAAGCUUACACGAUCAGCUCCUUACAGGCAUCAGGUCUAAACCCCAGCUUACACCAGUCUCCGAGAGAGUAUUAGGACCGAAGAUAAAAGUGCCAGGUACUAAGAUCUCAGUAAUUUCAGAAAAGUCGGACAGCGAGUUCAAGGUUAAACCAAUUAAGAAGGAAAAUUCUCUGAUUUCAACUCCGUCAGAAAUGAAGAAAAUCUUAGCAGCAGACUUUGAUUUGAAUUGGUCAGACGAGGACACAGAAGUUGAGAUGACAGAUAAUGAAUUCAAAUCGAGCGUGAUUUCAAAUGGAAUCGCAAAGACUAAGCAGCUACCAACUCCACCAACACCUGAACCAGAGAAAGGAUUCUUUCAGAGAACAGAAGAACGAUUUUCUCUCAAACUGCCAAAGAAGCUUGGAUUCAUUGAUUUAUCAUUUCUUACUGGGGAAAAGGAAGAUAAAUCACCUGUUGAAACAACACACAAGAGCAAAUCAGAAGCCACCGAAGAGUUCAGCGAUUACGACUCGGACCGAGAGGAACGUCUACAGCGGAGGCACAGCAUAUCACUGUGCCAAUCAUCACGGUUAUCAAGCUCACUGGUUCCAUCAAUGGUAAAUACAAGUCCAAAUAGCGAGUGGGUACUGGUAAGCAAGAUGAAAACCCCCUCUAAAAGAGUACGCAAAAAGCGACGUUCCCAUGUAAAAUUUGAUGACAAUUCUGACUCGUUGAAAGUAGCUAAUAAAGAUUAUGAAGUACAGGAGUAAUAUUUAGGAGUUAAU